CAGGAAAUUUACGAUUUGUCGUUCUUUGCGACACGACCAUUGGUCCAUGGAGUAGUUGUGUAAGAUUACGCGAGUGACCUCGUCACUUCAAGUCGAAGGACUAGUCGUGCAAUUUUUUUAGGUAUGUCGGUUUGGUCGGCCAGUACUGCUGGGAAUAAUUACAACAGUGUACAUCAGAGCGGUCGUUCGGGUCCUUCUAAUAACUGGUGUCCGAAAUUUAACAAGCACAAGUGCCUGAUGUCUGCAGAGACCCCGAUGCAGUCUGGAGACGGCCUCCAUACUCCAGCUUAUCUGUCAUGGAGGAAGCUACAGUUAAGUCGCGCCAAACUGAAGGCCUCCAGCAAAACCUCGGCCUUGCUGUCUGGAUUUGCUAUGGUAGCAAUGGUCGAAGUCCAGCUCAAUCCACCAGACGAGUCAAACGUGCCUAAGGAGAUGUUGGUCGCAUUCACAGUAUGCACAACCCUUCUCGUCGCUGUCCACAUGCUAGCCCUGAUGAUCAGUACAUGUAUCCUCCCCAAUAUCGAAGCCGUUGGUAACCUCCACAGCAUCUCCCUAGUCCACGAAUCGCCUCACGAAAGACUGCAUUGGUACAUUGAAAUAGCCUGGGCUUUCUCUACUUUACUAGGCCUCAUAUUGUUCCUAGUUGAAAUAGCCAUACUUUGUUGGGUCAAGUUCUACGACUUCAGCGAAGCAGCGGCUUAUUCAGCAUGCGUAGUGCUCAUUCCUGUCAUGAUAGUGUUCCUAGCUUUCGCCGUACAUUUCUACAUGUCCCUUGCUACGCAUAAGUAUGAGGUAACACGAACAGGUAUAAAGGAACUAGAAUUACUUAAAGAACAAAUUGAAAUGGGUGACGACCACGCUCGGUUGAAUAAUUCCUUACUCGAUCAAGGGCGAAUAGUUUAAGUGUGUCUUUUUUAUUUCUAAUGUUUUACCGCCCUUAGAUUUAAACUCUAUAUAUUUUGUUAUUAUGUAAAUAGGUAGUCUGUAUUUAUUAAGUGUAUUAGCAGUGCCAAUACAAACUGAUUAUAUAUUUGGAGUAGAGUCAUUUGCGGAAUUUGGAGGCUUCUUUGCUCAAUUUCUUUUAUUUCCCAACCCGUAAUUUCAAUAUAAUGACAUAAUAGUGUCAUCCAUGUUCUUAAAUUAGUUUUAUACACAUAUUUUUCUAUAUUGUCCUAAAGUUGUCUUUGCAAAAUUUCCAAGCACAAAACUUUGAAUAUGGCCUGAUGAUUUAGCAAUUGGUUCUCUCUAAAGUUCUUAUUUAUAUUAUGGAUGUAUUUGGAAAGUUUAAAUCUCUAUUUUUGAACAGACCCGUGAAAUUCAAUGUCUCCUUGAGUUUGAGUUUGCAUGACAAUAUUAAACUUGAAUCUCUAUAAAUGAAACUGUUAACUUAAAAUGUGUUAUCAUGGCAGACUUUAUAAUUAUAAACAUUACGCGACAUCAUGAUUUAUGAAAUUGCUUGUCUUGUGAGAGGCAGCGUACAGUGAACAGCCCUAGCUCAUGUAGCGCACGGGCGCAAUCAAUACC